CCGAACUACUGAAGGAUCCAGGUGUUGUCAGGCGUUAAGUUUUGCAGCCAGUGUCCAUGGGGUCGGAGCUGGGACUAGAUUAGGGUAGAGGCCUGGGCUUGGGAGUGCAGCGAGCGCAGAAAAAUCUGAGAAACUAGAGCAUAAAGCCAUGCGGAUGGAUUGUGGUCCUCAGAGGCUCCCGUACUCUUCAGCGGCGCUGGCUUCCGCAAGCUCCGCCCUCUCGCCCAUCCGGAAACAGCUUCGCCCCGCCCACGUGGGACCCGCCCGCCGCAGCGAGACGCGCACUCCUCCAGCAGCAGCUGCAUGUCGUGCCAAUGGCACGCUACGAGGAGGUGAGCGUGUCCGGCUUCGAGGAGUUCCACCGGGCUGUGGAAAAGCACAAUGGCAAGACCAUUUUCGCCUACUUUACGGGUUCUAAGGACGCCGGAGGGAAAAGCUGGUGCCCCGACUGCGUACAGGCUGAACCAGUCGUACGAGAGGGGCUGAAGCACAUCAGUGAAGGAUGUGUGUUCAUCUACUGUCAAGUAGGAGAAAAGCCUUAUUGGAAAGAUCCAAAUAAUGACUUCAGAAAAAACUUGAAAGUAACAGCAGUGCCUACACUACUUAAGUAUGGAACACCUCAAAAACUGGUAGAAUCUGAGUGUCUUCAGGCCAACCUGGUGGAAAUGUUGUUCUCUGAAGAUUAAGAUUUUAUGAUGGCAAUCAUGUCUUGAUUUCUUGAUUUGUUCUAGUAUCAAUAAAACUGUAUAUUGCUUUGAAUUCAUGUUAGCAAUAAAUGAGGUUAAAAACUGGCAUGUGUCUAAACAAUAGAGUGCUAUUAAAAUCCAUGAACCUUUAGUUUGCCUGUAAUAUAUGGAUGUUUUUAAGAUAUAAACAAGUCUUCAGAAGUAGCAGUAAAGGCUCAAAGGAAUGUAUCAUUGAAGGUGACGGAAAUACCUAAAAACUCCUAAAGGCGCAGAGCACACCUUCCAAAUCCUUCAAAAGAUCAGGAUCUUUUAUUUUAAAUUCUCUGCAUCUGCAAAGCAACUGAUAUUCCUGAAACCCCUUCUUUGAUUUUGGAAUGUAGAACCUAACUUCACCACUGAAGGAAAGCAUAUUACCUCUAAUCCAGCCUCUGCUUAAUUCAGGCAGUUUUGUUUUGUUUAGGAAAAAACCGACUCCUGAGCACUAGAGGCAGUUUGUUUUAUGGCUAUCUCAAUGUGCUUUACUUGAGAUAAGGCAGGUGGCGGAGAGGGGCUGGAGAGACUAUAUAACCCAGUGGUGGGAAGAACUCCAAGCUGCAGUCAGUCACACUGAUUCUACCACUUACUAGCUGUGUAACCACAGGCAAGUUACUCGCCCCAUCCAAACCUCAGUUUUCUCUUCUAUAAACAAGGUUCUGAGAAUAAAAUGAGAAUUCAAGGAAGCACUUAACAUAGCACCUGGUUUGUGGUACCUCCCAAAUCAAUGUUAGUUUUCCCAAAUGAGCACAAGUAUUUGAGGCUCCUCAUGUUUGUUCUAAAGUCAAGAGUACAGUUAGUAAUUAACCACUAGUUGUCCUGCCAUGACUAGGUCAAAUGAGGCCACAGUGAUUCUUAAAGCCACCUUGCAAAGCAGGUAAUACAGGUAUUUCCUGUCCUGCAGAAUUUAAGAACCUUCAUGCAGUUCCUAUCCUGUGAUUUAAAGAGGUCACUGACUCCGCUACCCUCACUACGUAGAUAAGAGUGGUAGAGUAGUUGAUCUGAGGGACAGUAAGGUUCCAGGAGAUGGCCUUGCCCUACUACAUGUCAGAAAGAGCUAGCCUUAGGAUUCAUUAUACAUGGUGGCCCACCCCUACCCCAUGCCCCAGUGCCUCAUUUGGUCUAAAGCACCUAACUUUUCCAUUCUUAAUCAGCUGAUUAUGCUAAAUGCAUAAAAAAAAAAAAA